UGUCUUUACAACCACCAUAACUUGUUUUUUGUUGUAUGACAUUUCAGAUACAAACUUUAGUGCAUUGUCUGAUAGGGAUCCUUAAAGCAAAUUUGUUCUAGAACUGGUUGAUCUGUCUUGUUUGUCCGAAAUGGCAGUUAAUGUAGCAGUUCGGUGUUGAUGAAGGGUGAGAAGUGACUGUGAAGUUCGCUUCUGACUUUUUGAUGGUUGCGGUGAAGAACCAAUCCGAUUGGCAGCGGUAUAAAUAAUGGUGGGUGUGUUCGAAAAGUUGGAUCCGACCGAGCGAUGUCGAACGGUCGAGACUCCAAGAAUAGCUCGGGUGAUGUUUUACGGAUGUGUUUUUCUAGCUAAACGUGGCAAAACUCUUAAUUUGUCAUAAAAAAUUGUUUCUAUUUUGUCAGCAGUAGUCAACAAUGAUAAAAUAGUGAUUAUAAUUUAUUGUUGCUUUAUGCAUUUAGAUGAAGUUGUUGCACUUAUUGACAUUCACUAAUGAUACUGAUACAGAACCUAAAUGUGACCAAGUAAAUGCCAGAAUUUCUUAUUGAUGUUGUAGCCAGAACUGAAUUUUUGAAUACAUUUGGCUGACAUUAAGCAACAGUUAUAAAAAAUGUCUAAUGUUACAUCAGCAAAUGAAGAUGUUUCGGGUUCAACCCAGAGUAACUCACAGAGUGGAAGCGGUGAAUCCAACAGACAAAACAACUUACAGAGAAUUGCUCAGAAAAAAGCACAAGUCAAAAAUUGGCCAAGAAGUAAAAAAUUAGAAAAAUUAGCUAUUUAUUCAUCUUGUACAGCUGAAGAUGGGUGUAAGUGUAAUGGUUGGAAAAACCCAAAUCCACCUCCUACUCCUCCUCGUCUCGAUGGUCCUCAGCCUCUAGUCAGUCUCAAUGAUCCCUGUCGAAGUUGUGGACAUAUUUUAGGCUCUCAUGUUUCACAUUUAGAAACUGCUCCAGAGGAGGAAUUAAACAGAUUAUUAGGUAUUGUUGUUGACGUGGAAAAUCUCUUUAUGUGUGUGCACAAAGAAGAAGAUGCAGAUACCAAACAAGUUUAUUUCUAUUUAUUCAAGUUGUUACGAAAGAGCAUACUUCAGAUGACAAAACCUUCUGUAGAAGGACCUUUAGGUAAUCCUCCAUUUGAAAAACCAAGUAUUGCUAAGGGAGUUACAAAUUUUGUGAUUUAUAAAUUUGGGCAUUUAUCUGCUAAAGAAUGGCAAACUAUGUAUGAACUUGCUAAAAUGUUCCUUCAUUGUCUGAACCAUUGGAAACUGGAGACUCCUUUGGCCAGACGGCAACAUUCUCCCAAUGAAGAUGUGUCUGCAUAUAAAGUGAAUUAUACAAGGUGGCUGUGCUAUUGUCAUGUUCCUGCAUUCUGUGACAGUCUUCAGCAUUAUGAAACGACAGGUAUAUUUGGUCGUACAUUAUUAAGAUCUGUAUUUCAGACGAUGAGAAGACAGUUAUUAGACAAAUUUCGGGCAGACAAAGAUAAAAUGCCUCCAGAAAAGCGGACAUUAGUAUUAACUCAUUUUCCAAGAUUUCUUUCAAUGCUUGAAGAGGAAGUUUAUGGUGCAAAUUCUCCAAUUUGGGAUCCAGAUUUUAAACAAGGUCUUAUUACAACCACAAAUACAAUUCCAACAGAAAGAGCUUCUUCUGGUACAACUACAAAUGGUGGUCCUAUAAGAAAAUUUGAGAAACUCAAUGUAUCUACCUCUCCUGAAGCAGGAAGUGAAGGUUUCACUACCAUCAAUCUCAGUCCUGGCUUGCUUAGUGUAGCUAGAACUCCUAAGGCAAGUCAAGCUACAGAAGGAAAUGCAGAGAAAAGGCCUCUUGAAGAUACAAGUUUGCAAGAUGCAAAAAAAAGGAAAAUUGAAGGAGAUAUUCCAGGAGAUGUUGUAGUAAAAAUUUUAGCAACCAUAUCAGAUCCAAGUAAAAUGAUUGGACCAGAGACAAGUACAUUUGCUGAAAAUGCGGCACGUGAUGAAGCUGCAAGAUUAGAAGAAAGAAGAGGUAUAAUCCAGUUUCAUGUGGUGGGCAAUUCCCUUACCAAGAAAGUUAGCAGACAGGCACUAAUCUGGUUAGUUGGUCUCCAGAAUGUUUUUUCUCAUCAGUUACCAAGAAUGCCCAAAGAAUAUAUAACUCGUCUUGUCUUUGAUCCAAAACAUAAAACAUUAUCACUUAUAAAAGAUGGCAGAGUCAUUGGAGGGAUUUGUUUCAGAAUGUUUCCAAGUCAAGGAUUCACUGAAAUAGUGUUUUGUGCUGUAACUUCUAAUGAACAAGUUAAGGGAUAUGGUACUCACUUGAUGAAUCAUCUAAAGGAUUAUCAUCUCAAACAUAAUAUUUUACACUUUUUAACCUUUGCUGAUGAAUUUGCAAUUGGUUAUUUUAAGAAACAGGGCUUUUCUAAGGAUAUUAAACUUCCAAAAGCAGCAUACAUGGGCUAUAUAAAAGAUUAUGAAGGUGCAACUCUUAUGGGAUGUGAAUUAAAUCCAUGCAUAGUUUAUACAGAAUUUACAUCUGUAAUACGAAAACAGAAAGAGAUAAUAAAAAAAUUAAUAGAACGACAACAAGAACAAAUGCAGAAAGUUUAUCCCGGUUUAUCUUGUUUUAAAGAUGGUGUCAGGGAGAUUCCUAUUGAAAGUAUACCUGGAAUAAGAGAAGUUGGAUGGAAGUCAGAUAAAAAAAUUGCUGUUAAACAAGAACCCACCGAUCCUGAACAACUCUAUCAAACAUUGAAAACUUUACUGAAUCAAGUUAAGAUCCAUAAUAGUGCAUGGCCGUUUCAGAAACCAGUAGAGAAAUCCGAAGCACCAGAUUAUUAUGAUCACAUUAAAUAUCCAAUGGAUCUGAGGACGAUGACUGAACGACUGAAAAAUAGAUAUUAUAUAAAUAAACGCCUCUUUGCUGCAGACAUGCUUCGAAUUUUUACCAAUUGCCGAGCAUACAACAGCCCAGAUACAGAAUAUUACAAAUGUGCCAACACGCUGGAGAGAUUUUAUCAAAAUAGAAUGAAAGAGGCAGGACUUUGGGACAAAUAGAUAUGUUUACACAACAUUCCUGUUUUAUAU